AUGUUCACCAAAUCUAUCGUCUUAUCUGGCCUGGUUGCCAUUGCCAGUUCCCACAUUAUAAUCACCAAUCCCGUGCCAUAUGGCAAGAGCUCACUCACCAACUUUCCUCUCAAGGAGGAUGGCGGCGACUUUCCAUGCAAGAUGCGCGACGGUGUCUACGACGCUCAGGGUGCAAGCAACGUUUAUGCUCAGGGCAGCAAGCAGCAACUCGAAUUUCAGGGCACUGCCGUGCACGGUGGUGGCUCUUGCCAGGUCUCCAUCACCACCGACCUCAAGCCCACCAAGGACUCCGUUUGGAGGGUUAUCAAGUCUAUCGAGGGUGGCUGCCCUGCAAAAGACCAAACUGGAAAUAUAGGUAACAGCGCCGAGGCUAAAGUCCCAUACACGUAUGAUUACACCAUACCCAAGGAGCUCGCCGCCGGCAACUACACUCUUGCCUGGACUUGGUUCAACAAGGUCGGCAACCGAGAAAUGUACAUGAACUGCGCCCCCUUGUCAGUCACUGGAAACGGUGGCUCCCAGAGCUUCAUGAACGGUCUUCCCGAGAUGUUCACUGCCAAUAUCUUCGGUCCCGCCGGCUGCAAGAUUGCUGCAGACACUGAUGUCAAAUUUCCGUUUCCCGGCACAGACGUUGACAGGUUCGGCGAAAAGACUAGCAGCGCAUUACAGGCUCCUACUGCUGGUUGUGUUAAGUCCGGUACUGGUGCCGCACCCUCUACAUCAGCUGCUGGCGGUGAAAGCGCUCCCGCGCCCACUGCCUCUGCCGCACCAAGCCCCUCUAUGCCUACAAACGAUGCCGGCGCACCUAGCGCCAGUGUUCCUGGUGGCGUCUUCAUUACGUCCCAGAACCCCCAACCCGAUCCCACUCAGGUGCCCAGUACUGGCAACUCUUCUGUCCCUGCCAUGAGCUCUAUGCCACCUGCCAUGAGCUCUAUGCCCGUUCCCACUUCGGCUCCCGCCAACCCCAGCCCUGGCGGUGGCCAUGCGGCGGGCUCGGCCUGCUCUACCGAAGGCCAAUGGAAUUGCAUCGGCGGCAAGUCUUUCCAGCGCUGCGCCAGUGGCAUGUGGUCUGCUGUCCAGGGCAUGGCUGCCGGUGUCUCCUGUGAGGCGGGCGAGUCUAGCGACCUAAAGAUGGCUGCCUCUCCAGGCAAACGAGCCAUGCGCCGCGCUCUCCGCGCCUAA